AUGCAGGUUAACCUUCGAUGUUCGGAAUCCAUGCUAGAUUUUUCCAGAGUCGGGAUGAUGGAAGAAGACAUCCCAAACGUGCCGGGAAGAGGGACUUCUCCACCUCAUGGCUAUUUGAGGUCCCAAAUCCUAGCUCUAUGUGUGAUGAUCAAGGGACUUUUGGAUAGAGAUCAAGAAAUCGCGAUGGCAUUCAUCAAAGCUCUUGCUGUUCAGCACCAGAAGCGUACGAUGGAGAGAAGAAAUAUUCGCAAAAAGAUUAACCGAAUGUUACUCAGAGUCACCGCGAUAACAAGGGAACUUCACAACCUGAAUUCCCACCCUGGAGAUUGGAUCGAACUUGGAAUCUCCAAGUUCGCUCGCAUACCGGACUGUAUGAUGUCGAACCUCGACCUCGCUGGUCAAGGAGUCCAAGUGUUUUGCAAAUCGAGAAGAGUUUCUUAA